AUGAGCUUUCAUGCCCGAAGCAGCCCCUUCAAGAGACCGGAUACCAGCAAUAGCAGCAGCACUAAUCGCGGAAGUCGUUUGCGGCCGAUUUCCGAUUCUCUGGAGGCUGUUGGCUUUCCUUCCAAAGGUGACAGGACGCUACUAGAACACAAGGCACAGCAGACAUACUACGACACAAUCGUCGAUCGCUACAUGCGCUUCUGUUCAUGCCACUCGCAUGACCUCGAUGCAGCAUGGGCUUCUCUGCCUGCCAGUGCUUCUGCAGACGCCACCAAAAAUCCCCCGUCAAAUGUCCCGGUUCCUCCGACUGGCAAGCCUGCUGCAAAACCGGUCUAUCAUGAUGAGAUAGCAGCUGGGCUUAUUGCGAAGACAGAACGUCUGAGCCUAACGACAACACAACCGCAACAGAGGUCGACCGGCGAGAAACAACGCCCUCCUGCCGCUGAAUUAUCCUCCUUGUUGAUGUCACUACGCAAGCUCCGCGAGGGAAUCCUGGCAACGUCCUCUACCACCCCCGUGACUUUUCAACAGCAGGUUCAUAUUUUCUCCAUUCGCUUCUCAAUACUGGCACGCCAUCCGCCAUCUUACUUUUCUUCAUUGCGUUACCUGCUUGAAAAUCUGCAUACCACCUCACAUCCUCUCACAAAACACGAGUUGACUGAAUUCACGUCUUACCUCGUUUUGGAUUAUGCGUGCCGUCAAAAUAGUCUUGCCCCUGCUUAUAUGUUGUUGAUUCAAUCCAAGCAAAAGUACGGUUUUCAGUCUCUCGUUGUUGACCGUAUUCUUAGUGCGCUUAUUCAUGACAAUUGGAUAACAUUCUGGCGUACUCAUAAAGAGGUAGACGGCUAUACACGUGCAAUCAUGAACUGGGCAACAGACCACGUCAUGAGACAAGCGCUCAAAGCUGUCGGCCGGACAUAUUUAAGCGUAAAUGUUAGCUGGUUGCUGGAAACUUGCACAGGUGAUGACGGCUGGACUUGGCAGGACCUGGCAGAGAGGGAAAGGCUCGGAUGGCAGCUGGAGGGCGAAUCUAUUAUUAUUCGAAAACCCAAAGCAAGAACUUAA